CAGCUGCUUUUAAGCAACAAAUUGACAAUUAGCUCAUAAGCUUCCGUUUGAAGCAGCCUUAUAUCAAACACAUAAGGCAUGUGUGAGUGUACAUAUAUAGUCUACAAUUCCUGUCACAUUCACUUGCUUUUGCUUCAACUCCUCCAUUGAAAUAGUGCUCUCUUCUCUCUCAAUAUCCAAAUGGGUUUCAUAGAGUCCGAAGACAGGCGGCUCAUGGAGAUGGAAGAGUUGAAGAAUCGCAUGCUGCUUGCCUGUGCCGAUCUCAGCCGUAGGAAAGAUCAAGAAGAUUUCCAGGGCUCGCGUCUUUCGUCCUCAGAUUUCGAUGUGGACGACCACUGUGGUCAGAAACUUGUUUGCGUUACUAGUGGUGUUUCCUUUCUUGGCCUCGCCAUCGUCAACCGCCUCCUCCGCCGUGGCUACUCCGUCAGAAUAAUUGUCCACACUGAAGAGGACAUGGAGAAAUUGAGGGAGUUGGAAGACUCAGGGGAGAUGAGUAGAAGCAACAACAGCAUUAAAGCAGUAAUGGCAAAACUAACUGAAAUUGAAAGCUUAUUGGAAGCAUUUGAAGGGUGUCGUGGCGUCUUCCACACCUCUGCAUUUACCGACCCUGCUGGCCUCUCUGGCUACACUAAAUCCAUGGCUGAAGUAGAAGUCAAGGCCGGUGAGAAUGUCAUCAUGGCAUGUUCAAGAACACCAUCAGUGAGGAAUUGUGUUCUGACAUCUUCACUUCUGGCCUGUUUAUGGCGAGAUGCUUCGACACAAGACCUCUCCCCUGUAAUUAACCAUGAGUCCUGGAGUGAUGAAUCACUUUGUAUAGACAAAAAGCUCUGGUAUGCACUUGGUAAACUGAGAGCUGAGAAGGCUGCAUGGAGAAUAGCUAAGGAGAGAGGUUUAAAAUUGGUCACAAUUUGUCCAGGCCUCAUUACAGGACCAGACUUUUUCCGUCGAAAUCCAACAGCAACAAUUGCAUAUCUGAAAGGAGCUCGAGAAAUGUUUGCAGAUGGCCUACUGGCAACUGUUGAUGUAAUGAAACUAGCAGAAGCACAUGCUUGUCUAUUGGAGGCUAUGAACAAGACAGCAUUUGGCAGGUACAUCUACUUUGAUCAUGUCAUUGAUGGAGAGAAGGAAGCAGACAAAUUGGCAAAAAAGAUUGGAAUGCCUGCAGAGAAAAUUUGUGGAAACGAAUCCAUCAAUUUUCUAGCCCGAUUCGAGUUAUCGAAUAAGAAGCUGUUAAACCUCAUGUCAAGAACACUUCGCAGUUGUUAUAAUGAAAGAUAGGAACUUAGAACUCACCAAUUCUUGCUGUGUUGUUUUAUUGGUGUUUUUGUUUUGACAUCAUUUUAUCAUACACUUUUUGAUAUGGGUAUAAAAACCUUUUCAGUUUUU